GCCAAACGCUUGUAUGUAGCAGUAGUUACCAAUAAAUGAUUGUCUAACUUUUUUUUAUAAUACUUUUUUUUAAACAAAAUAACAGUGUUUUUGCUACAUAAAUGCUUCCGACAUUAUCAAUUGAGUGUUAUAGAUUUCAAGUUUUAAAAGCUUGAAACAGAAGUGAUAAUAAUGCACGCUCCACAAAAUUGGUCGCUGUCGAGUUGUGAUGAUAAUAUUGGCAAUUGAGUCUGUUUCUAGUGCGUCGUAACAUUAGAUUCUAUUGUAUAAAAAUAAUGUCUGCUGAAGAAGUUUUAAUUGGACAACCUAUUAAACGUUUAGAAAUUGCAAUCGGCAAAUUCAACGAUGUCGCUAUUCCAUAUCAUUUGGAACUGCUUAAAAGACAUAAAGACAACGUCAAAAGGUUUCAGAUGAACCAAAACUGGGGUAAGGUUUAUAAAGAGCAAAUAAACGCUAUGCGAGUAGUGAAACAGUUAAAGCAAUUGGUAUAUGAAAUGGAUAUGUUAAGAAGUCAAGUAUUGGAUAGAGAUAUAUUUACUUUUGAUAAACUUACAAAAAAGGCCAGAAACGACGCUAUUGCUGCCAUUGGCGAAUACUUGGAAUUGGAAUUGAAGCUACCAUUUCAAAAUUCCACUUUAACCGAAGAUGAAAGUCAAAUUGCGGAUGACUCUCAUAGCGACAAAUAUAUCCAACUGCAGGAUGAACACGAAGAAUUAGAAAGACAAAAAGCCUGUUUGUAUGCUUGGAAUUCCUUACAAAAUGAUCUGCAACAGUUACACCAACUCUUCAUCGAUUUUAAUAAAAUAGUUCAUGAUCAAAGUGAAUCAGUAGAUGCAAUUGUGGACAACGUGGAAGUUACGAAGCACGAAGUUGCGAAAGGGACAGAAAUUUUAAAGAAAGCUUCAAAGUAUAAAGCUAUGACGUAUCCACUUGCGGGAGCUUUAAUUGGAACCUGUUUUGCGGGACCAAUUGGAUUUUUUGCAGGUUUAAAAAUAGGAGGUCUUUCAGCCAUAGGAGGUGGCAUUUUGGGUUAUACAGGCGGUGCCUUUUUGAAGAAAAGUCAUAUCAGUAGCACAGAGUCGCCAGGAAUUAAAUCAGUAACUAUGUUAGGCGAAGGACAGCAUUCACUAGAUUCUGCACUUCAACAGGAAGAAUCUAAAAACUCUAAAAAGCACUUGUGAAAUUUGUCGAAUGUAGACUACAUGUCGAAGUAACAAUUUUCCUGCUAUGUUAUUUAGCGAUUCUUUGCUUUCAAUGAAUUAUUAUUUCUAGCAGUAAUUUAUUGAAAGUACUCAGUCAUUUAUGUCUGGCAGAUUUUCUUUAAGCAUUAAGGAAUAAUUCCGAAUGCUGAUCAUUGUUUUUCAUAAUAAUGUACGUGUGAUGUAUCUGCCUAAAAGUAGUAAAAUACAAUGUUGUAAAUAAGUUUUGUUACCAUCAAUGCUGACGUAUUCAGGGAAUUUAUUUUGGAACACUAUUUUCUAACUUCUUUGGGAUUUAUUAAUACGCAGUUUUGAUGUUAAUAAAGAGUCAAAUAUUUUUUAUGGGAAAUGUUUAGUUUAAUUGAACAUUAUUUUUUUAAUAGACAUUUAAUUAUCAGUUUUUAAAAAUGAAAACAACACAUGGUGGAGAGAUUUUGUAAAUUUAUGUUUUUAGGAUUUUCUUUUCCCCUUUUUAAGCAAAUUUGUUGUUGACUGUUUUAUGCUCUUUUAUCUCGACAAGAGAAUUCCACACAGGAUUUUUUCGGGUAAUCUUGCUAUCGUUAAAAUAAAAGUGCGUCCGCACAUUUUCUGCUACGGGAGUUGUUGGGGAUAUCUUGUCGACAUUAAAAUGUAAUUCUAUCCUCAAAUUUUCUGUUAUGAUAAAUAUUAUGGAAAUAAUAAUUGCAAUAUUGAUUCUUCA